UCACUGCUACUAAGAAAGUAUUUGGCUUGGAAAAAUACAUAUGGCUUCAGACCUGGAAGUUAAAGGUCAAAGAUAGGUGAUACAAGUUCCAUGCAAAUUACUUGGAGUUCUGUUGGGUAGUAUGCACUGACACUUUGUCCAGUGCUUUAUUAAAGAAAGACUUUGCUUUCCCUAGAUAGAAGAGCAUUAGAACAAAAUGCUAGCUCAAAAGAUUUGUUUAAUUCUUCAAUGAACACAGGGGAUAGGUACGGAAGCGUUUUUAAUAUAUCAAUAUGUAAAUACUUAUUGUACCAUGUAGCUUAUGAUAAUGAUAAGAAUCGCUUUACAGUAUGCAAUUUUUCGUCCGGAUAUCUGCAUUUCCAAUAAAUUUCUUGACACUUGGUAGGCGUUACAAUCAUGAAGUAAUUGCCCUUUGUUUAUUUCAGUAGUUGAUUUUAGUCCGGCAAUCUUCUACAUCUAUAGAGAUCUCAUUCAAAUUUUGAUAUAAUACAUUUACUGUUAUGAAGUUAUAUCUUCCAGAAAGAUGAUUCGACAGUCUUUUUAUCGGUGAGAGUUAUUGGCCUCUGUUUUAUUUCAAUAUUCAACAACGCGCGCACAAGCCACUAAUUCUUUCCUAUGUAUCGUUUAGUUAGUUUGUAGUGGUAAAACAGACCACUACAUAUGUAACAUUAAGUUAGUAUUUAGUGUUAAAACAGGCCACUGCAUACUUACAUAUAUGACAUUGAACUAGUUUUCAGUGGUAGCAAAUAGGACUUACAUUGGUUCAAUUUAAAUUGAAGAGAAAGAAAACAUUAUACUACGGCCUACUUACUAAAAUAAAUAGUUCAGGAGUAAAGGUUGUCAAGAUAAACAUCAUAUCUUGGUUUUAAAGGUGUGAACCUUAUCUUUUAAACAUGGUAAUUCCCUUUUAUGCAAAUAUAUAAAGAAUUUUCGAAAGAGUAGAACACACACACGUCGCUCACCAAUAGAAAUGUUGCCAACGUUACUUUGUUGUUUAGGUUUUGUUGGGAUUAUCUCAGCUAGUAUUUCCGGUCACAUCGCAUCGGGUACCUGUGUAUGUCUCACAACCAGCGGAGUUAACGCCAGAAGUGGAGCUGGUCUCAGCAAUUCUAUAUUGGCCACCUUGAACUCCGGCGAGUGCUACAAAUUCAAUGGUGGAAUUCGGACACAUGACGGGUACCACUGGUACGAGCUUCAGGACGUGCACGGACAUCACAGAGUUUGGAUUGCCGGAAACUAUCUCAGAACGUCUUCGUCGUCACACUGUAGUGGUACUAGCACGGAAACGUCCACUCGAAGCAGCCUUGCCACAGGCGAUGUAUCGGCAAAGUGUCUAUCAUGUAUUUGUCAGGUCGAGUCUGGAUGCAGAGCAAUACGAUGUGCUUGGGAUGUUAACUCUAACUCCUGUGGAUACUUCCAACUGAAGGACGUAUACUGGCAGGACUGUGGGAUGCCAGGAGGGUCCCUGGAAGUCUGUGCUGCUGACCUUCACUGCUCAUCGGGUUGUGUCCAGAGGUACAUGUCUAGAUACAUAGGAGGUUCAGGAUGUGCUCCUAACUGCGAGAGCUACGCUCGGAUCCAUAAUGGCGGACCUACCGGAUGUCGCCAAGGCUACACUCUUAAUUACUGGACCAGAGUUCAAAAUGCUGGAUGCUCAGCUUCUAGCUAAAUUGUUCUAAACAAAUUCUCAAAUAAAAACAGUGAUCUUUCUGAA